GAAGCAAAGUCGCGUUAGAGUCGGUCGCAUAAGUCGGCUUCCCACCUCUACAUAAACCCACAAACACCCGUCUUCCUUCGCAUUCCAGUUCUCCUUUUCCUAACUAUCUCAAAGAAAAACUCUCCAAGUUUUCGGUUUCCUAACGCGCCGGCUUCAAGAUGCAGAUCUUUGUGAAGACUCUAACUGGCAAAACCAUCACUCUCGAGGUUGAGAGCUCUGAUACUAUUGACAAUGUCAAGGCCAAGAUUCAAGAUAAGGAAGGAAUUCCUCCUGAUCAGCAGAGAUUGAUCUUUGCUGGAAAGCAACUUGAAGAUGGCCGAACCCUUGCAGAUUACAAUAUCCAGAAGGAGUCGACACUCCACCUUGUCCUCCGCCUUCGUGGUGGAAUGCAGAUUUUUGUGAAAACCCUUACGGGGAAGACUAUCACUCUUGAGGUGGAGAGCUCAGAUACCAUUGACAAUGUCAAAGCGAAGAUCCAGGACAAGGAAGGAAUUCCUCCUGAUCAGCAGAGAUUGAUCUUUGCUGGAAAGCAACUUGAAGAUGGCCGAACCCUUGCAGAUUACAAUAUCCAAAAGGAGUCUACACUCCACCUUGUCCUCCGCCUUCGUGGUGGAAUGCAGAUUUUUGUGAAAACCCUUACGGGGAAGACGAUUACUCUGGAAGUUGAGAGCUCAGAUACCAUUGACAAUGUUAAGGCAAAAAUCCAGGACAAGGAAGGGAUUCCUCCUGACCAGCAGAGAUUGAUUUUUGCUGGCAAGCAACUUGAAGAUGGCCGAACCCUUGCUGAUUACAAUAUCCAAAAGGAGUCUACACUCCACCUUGUCCUCAGGCUUCGUGGUGGAAUGCAGAUUUUUGUAAAGACUCUUACUGGUAAGACGAUUACUCUGGAAGUUGAAAGUUCAGAUACAAUUGACAAUGUUAAGGCAAAAAUCCAGGACAAAGAAGGAAUCCCUCCUGACCAGCAGAGAUUGAUCUUUGCCGGUAAACAACUUGAAGAUGGAAGGACGCUGGCAGAUUACAAUAUCCAGAAAGAAUCAACCCUUCAUCUUGUGCUGCGGUUGAGGGGUGGAAUGCAAAUAUUUGUCAAAACUUUGACUGGAAAGACCAUCACUUUAGAGGUUGAGAGUUCGGAUACAAUUGACAAUGUUAAGGCGAAGAUUCAGGAUAAAGAAGGUAUUCCUCCGGACCAGCAGCGCUUGAUCUUUGCUGGUAAGCAGCUUGAAGAUGGCAGAACUCUUGCUGAUUAUAACAUCCAAAAGGAGUCAACUCUUCAUCUUGUCUUGCGGCUGAGGGGAGGGAUGCAAAUUUUUGUUAAGACCUUGACUGGAAAAACAAUCACUCUGGAGGUGGAGAGUUCAGAUACAAUUGAUAAUGUGAAGGCAAAGAUUCAAGACAAGGAGGGGAUUCCACCAGAUCAACAACGGCUCAUCUUUGCUGGGAAGCAGCUUGAGGAUGGCCGUACACUUGCCGAUUAUAAUAUCCAGAAAGAGUCAACUCUUCACCUUGUGCUCCGCCUUCGUGGUGGUCACUUCUGAGGUUCAAAGCUCUGUAUCAUCAAUCAAAAAGUGAUGGAGGUCUAAAUGUUUGGUCAAGUUGAAUUUGCUGUGUUUCUAUUUUCCGAAUGUCCCUUUGUUAAGAUGUGUUGGGUUUUCUAGUUACUACUAGUAGGAAGUAUUAUUGCUAAUAAAAUUGAGCUUCAGCCUCAAGUUGGGUUAUAACCUGGACUUCAGUUUUUGUUUUCUUUUGAAGGAAAAACAACUUUAUUGCUAAUAAAAUUGAGCCUCAGCGUCAAGGGUCUCAGACAAAGAGGCUGGGGGAAUUUUCCCUUCAA